AUGAUUCUAGAAUCAAAUACUUUAGAAAGAGCAAGCUCAAAUAGCAAUCAUACUUAUAAGAUUCAAGAUGAUAAUCCCGAAUGCCUUGUUGUAAAUUCCAUAAUUGAAGAUCAUUCAAAUAUUCCUGAAAGAAAAGAAAGCAUAGAGAUAAAGCAUGCUGUGAAAAAGUCUGCAACAAGGUCAUUCUUUGAUUCUUCUAACUCUCCCAAUAUAAAAAUUUUUAAUAAUUGAAUUUUAUUUUUAUUAAAAAUUAUAUUUUAAAAACCAAAAAAAAAUUAAAAAAAAAAUUUCGAUUUAAGCAGGGGGAGUAAGACUGGACCUAUUAAUUUGAACAAUAAUGAAACUUCAAUGAGUGAAUCAAAGAUGAACUUAGAUGAAAUAAAGCACGCUGUGAAAAAAUCGGCAACAAAAGUGCUUUUUGAAGAUAAUGAUAUAGAAAGAAUUAGACGAAGAGCAAAUAAAAUAGAAUUUGAUAGCCAAAGCAUUGGAACAUCUCAAGAAACUGAUUGCAGCAAUUCAGAUAACUAUCUAUCAGGCGCUAAAACUCACACUCUGAAAUCUAAGAGUAGAAAAGUUGGUCAAAAAAUAAAUAGCUUUGAAAAGAGAGACUCUGCUAUAAGCCCUCCAAACAAAAAACUAAAACUGUUAGGAGAAAACAAUUUAGUUCAGAAACCAAUUAAUAGUAGUUCUGAUAACUCUAUUCAUAAAGAUCAAGGCACAAAAAAACGUAGUACAAUCAUUAAAGAAAACAGUGAAUUAGAAAAUUUGUCAGGUCAAAAUCUUCAGCAAGAAAAUCAAUCUAAUGAAGAUAAUGGAGAAGAAAUUCUUACAGAAAGUACAAGAAAUGAAGUUAUUGCCAAAAUAUUUCCAGAUAGAAGUGGUAGAGAUAGGUCAUCUGGAGUACAUAAAAAGCCGCUUAAAAGCAAGUCAAAAUUUUCAAAAUACCCAACCAGACCCCAUAAAAUUGAACCUCCGAAACCUCCACAGGAAAUUCCAAUUGGAGAUAGGAUUUCAGCAUGGAAUCAAUUAAAAUCAGGAUACUUGAAUAGAAGGAAAAUCGCAAUCGCAAAAUCAGAAAAUAGUAAAUCAGGAGAUCAAAUUAAAAGCGAAAGCACACAAGAGCCUCAAUUGAGAAUUUUCAAUGAAGAUAUCCAAAUAAAAAUGCAAAAUAAUGAGCCAGGAACUCUAAAUGACCUUUUUGGAAGACUCAAAGCAUUUCUGAGAGAUAAAGCUCAAACAAGCUUGAAUUCCUACAUAUUGGAUGGCAACGAAGAUUUAUUAAUUUUAUUUGGCAGGAGAGAAAUUCCGUACGACGAUUUAUCAAAUCUUGUGUUGAAUAGUUCGUCAGUCUAUGUAGAAGAGAAUGAUUGGAGAAAAAGGGCCAGUCUGGAUAAAGAUGGAAAAGAAAAGGAAGAAGCUGACAAUUAA